GCAAAACCAAGUCCCCAUCUCAUUGAAUUAAACUCAUAUAGGUCGUUUAUCUUAGUGUUAUUAAACCAAACAAAUCUAAACCCCCUUGUUACGAUUUAUAUAAAAGAAAAGUAUUCCUUUCCCUGUGGAUACGAACCUUACUACACUAUACUACGUAUUAGUGUUGUAUUGAUUAUUUAUUUUGAGUGCACCUAACGACGAGUGCACGUCAAAUUUGGCGCCGUUGUCGGGGAAAGGCAAUUAAUUUUUCUUUUAUUUUCAUAUCAAGAAAAAUAAAAAAAAAUAUUAAAUAAAAAUAUAAAGAUUUCUUAUUUCUCCUAUUUCUGAGCUUAGUGGAGUUUAUGGUUAAACAUCGCUCCAUAAACAAAAUCACAUAUCACAAAAACCCAGAAAUAGAACAAACUUUCGAGCGGUUGAAAAGUAAAUUUUCUAAUACCGACUCGGAGGAAUCAUCUAUCAGAGAUUCAUCCAGCGCUAGUUCUCAUUCUAGCGAGACCGAAGAGUCAAUAACUAUGGCUCUUGAGACAAGAACACUACGGGAGCUCACUGCUCCAAAUCUCAAUCAACAACCAUUAUGUAUUACCUUCCCUACACUCGAUGAAGGUAAUACAUUUGAGCUAAAAUCUGGGCUCAUACAUCUACUGCCAUCCUUUCAUGGCCUAAGAGGAGAAGAUCCAAACAAACACCUUUCUGAGUUUCAUAUUGUGUGCACAAGCAUGUGCCCCAGUGGUGUCUCGGAAGAACAAUUCAAAUUGAGGGCUUUUCCAUUCUCCCUCAAAGACACGGCGAAGGAUUGGCUAUUCUAUCUCCCUUCAGGGAGUAUAGACACAUGGGCCGCAAUGAAAAAAUGCUUCUUGGAUAGGUACUAUCCCGCCUCAAUCUCAUCUUCUUUAAAAAAACAAAUAAGCAACAUUGAGCAAAAAGAAGAUGAAACAUUGUAUGAAUAUUGAGAGCGCUUCAAAAAGUUGUGUGCUAGUUGCCCAUAUCACGGGUACACCGAGCAAGACCUCAUCCUCUAUUUUUAUGAUGGUCUUGCGGAUCAAGAUAGGCGCAUGAUGAAUGCGGCAUGUGGAGGGGGAAUUGUCAACAAAACCCCUUCUCAAGCAAGGAAUCUCAUCUCGGAGUUGGCCGAGAACUCCAGACAUUACAGUGGGCGAUCCUCAACUCGAAGGGUUGCGGCAGCAGAAUCCAACACCUCGUUGGAAGGCCAAGUUGCCAGUUUGACUUCUCUUGUCAAAGAACUUCUUCUGAAACCAAACACUCAGGAGGUCAAAGCUUGUGGCAUUUGCACAACAACCGGGCACCCCACUGAUUCGUGCCCAUCCCUCCAAGAAGAACAAGUCAACGCCUUGGGUUUCCAAGGCCAUCAACAGAAGAGGUAUGAUCCAUUCUCAAAUUCUUACAACCCUGGAUUACGGGAUCAUCCUAACUUGAGGUAUGGAAACCCUCAACAAUCCAACUCAUCUUCUCAAUCUGGUAUGUCAACUGAUGACAUGAUCCGGACUUUGACCUCAAGCAUGGUUACCAUGCAACAAAACAUGGGACAAUUUCAACAAACCAUGAUACAAUUUCAACAUGAGACAAAGUCAAGCAUUAACAAUUUGGAAACUCAAGUUGGUCAAAUUGCAAAUGCCGUGAAUCGACUUGAAACAAAGGACUCGAGUAAACUCCCAUCCCAAACGGAGCAAAACCCGAGACAACAUGUGAAUGCCAUCAUGUUGAGUAGUGAGGCAACAUGGAAGGAGGUAGAUCAAGAGGAGGACCCUGAAGAAGACAUUCAACCUGAGGAGGGGGUCACAACAGCCAAGCUCCCCCCACCGUCAUCAUAUGAACAAGUAGCCCCGUUCCCUGAGGCACUGAGAGAGACAAAGAAACCGGAGAAAGAUUCUGACAUCUAUGAGACUUUCGCCAAGUGUGAGGUAAACAUUCCGCUCCUUAACUCAAUGAAAAGUGUUCCUCGUUUUGCUAAAUUUUUAAAAGAAUUAUGCAAAACAAAAAGGAAAAAUAAAUUGAAAGAGAAACAAGAGGUUAUGGUUAGUGAACAUGUCUCAGCUAUUUUCCAAAAUAAACUCCCCGAAAAAUGUAGCGACCCAGGCAUGUUCACUAUUCCUUGCACGAUAGGGGGCACCACAUUUCCUAGGGCCUUGUUGGAUUUAGGGGCAUCAAUAAAUGUCAUUCCUCAUUCCGUUUAUAAAUCCCUACAACUUGGCCCACUACAUCAAACCGGUGUAAUAAUUCAACUAGCGGAUCAUUCUAGCACUUACCCGAAAGGUAUGAUAGAAGAUGUGCUAGUAGAAGUGGAAAAUAUGGUCUUCCCUGUCGGAAAUGAUGACCAAACAACACCCAUCCUUUUGGGUAGACCAUUCUUGAAGACCGCAAAAACUAAAAUCAACGUGUCUAGUGGUUCAUUAACUUUAGAGUUCAAUGACAAAAAAGUAGAGUUCAAUAUAUUUGACUCUACGAAAAAACAAAUUGAAGAUCAAUCUCUUUGCUCUUUAAGUGUUGUUGAACCACAAGAACCAUUUUUGUUGAAGAAAUUUGAUAAAAUCUUUCAAGAAGAGGAGAAAAUUGAGCAUAGGGAGUCAUCGGUGAUUGGAACAAAGUCAUUGAGAUGCAAACUUAAACCGCCGGCAAUUGAGGUGUUGAUGAGAAAGAAACCCCGGCCUUACUGGAAAAGGCCGAAGAAUAAAUUUGAAAAAUGGCUAAAUAAGGCCACAAAAAAUGAAUCAAGGGAUGUUCACGAUCCCACUUAAAAACAAAAAAAAAUGAAUAACGUCGUGCCACAACGUUAACUAAGGCGCUACUUGGGAGGCAACCCAAGUUUUUUUUAUUUAUUUUAAGUGUGUGUAAUUCAUUUUUUUUUAUUUAAUUCAAGUAUUUAGAAUUAAUUUUUUUUGUCUAAUUAUUUGAGAGAUCAGUGAGGGAGGGCACUAAUCACGGGUUUUUGGAAGAAAAGAAAUAAAAAUGCAGGUUUUGGAGCAUCUGGGGAAAUACCCGAUCGAGUACAACCUUAUACUCGGUCGGGUAUGACCAAAAAGAAAAGGGACCAGGCAUUACUCGAUCGAGGAAGCACUCAAAAAUUGAAAAACAAGGAAUACCCGAUCGGGUAUCACUAUACACCCGGUCGGGUAUGUAUAGAAAUGCUAAAGUGGAAGGAAACUGACUCCCACACUCGACCGAGUACAAGCUUCAAAAGUAGAAAAGAGCACAUACCCGAUCGGGUAUGGAAGAAUACUCGACCGGGUACCGGAGGCAGGCUGCUCACAAACAUCAUUUUCCAGAUAUACUCGACCGGGUAACCAUACACUACCCGAUCGAGUACAGGAGGCAGACUGCUCAAAAAGGCCACUUUCCAGACAUACCCGACCGAGUACCAGCACAUACUCGAUCGGGUAUACGGGUAUUAUAACCCCAAAUCAGCCCCAAAACACUUCGUCUUCUCCGAAUUUCCAACCCUAUCUCGAACAAAAACGCCGAAACCCCCAUUUUUACACCUUCUCUCUACCAUAUCUCUUCCAAAUCUUCACCAAAUCCUCCCAUUUCAACACCAAAACACUCCCCCCAUCCUCCUCUACACAUUCAUACUCACCGAUCCCAUUCUCCCCCAAUUUUCAGAGGUCCGAAAAACCCUACCCCCCACCUUCUAAUUUCGGUUUUCAAAGGCCAAAUUCACUCCAAAUGGCUCCAAGGAAAGAGAAAGGGCAAAGCUCAAGCACUAGGGCAUCCAUCCCGGGCUACGAGGACAUCCUCUUCGUGGACAACGAACACCACACACGCUUCAUGUCCACAAUUGAAAGGCAAGUUAAACCUUCCCGCUUUUUAUGCCAUGAUGCCCUAAAGGAAUUAGGAGUGUACAAAAUGAUGAAGAAAUUUUUUCAUGAGUUGAGCAAGGAUAAAAUUUUCAAAAUGCAAUACAACUCAAAUGAAAAAAUUAUCUAUGAAUUUCUAAGCUCUGUGCACUUUGAGAACAAUGAAGAGGACUCUAGGGAUGAUAAACUCAGGUUUCGAUUGUUUAAUCACAAUCACACCAUCACAAAACUUGAGUUCGCCGAACACUUUGGUAUUCCGGUCCUGUAUCAAAAAUCUAUAUCCGACAAUACCGCCUUCGGCCACACCCUAUGGACAAAGAUGACCGGGAGACUAAAUUUAGCUCCUCCCAACUCUAUAUUAGUCAUGUCCAACAUCCCGUCAUCCGCCUAUUUUUGAAAUUCCUCGCCAACUCCUUGCUUGGAUGCCCCAACAACCAUCAUACUAGGAUGGGGGAUGUGUGCCUCAUCUCGGUAGCCCUAUUCCGUGUCCACGUGGAUUUCAACCUAUGUAAUCUCAUGUGGGCACAUCUAAAAAAAGAAAGUGUGGCAAAGGGUGCUAUUGUAGUGGGCGGGGUGAUUAUGCAUUUGGCCACAAAGUUCGGGUAUACGGAUGACUCUCCUAUACCCGACUACUGUUUGAUGAACAUAUCUUGGCUGGGCCACUCGGGCUGUACAUAUUUUUCACACACCGUUUAUGGUGAAGAAAGGCCCAGAAAUAUGUACAACUGGCACAUUCACCCCAAACCCCUCAAAUACUUCCUCUUGCCCAACCCAGAACUCCCCCAACUCCACUUCAAAACAGGAAGAGCAGAGCAACAUUACCUCUUCCCAAACGCCCUCCCACCACAUCUCCAGGAACCGGAACAGGAACCUCCCCAAAACCAACCCGAUUACGAGCCCUAUGAGCAACUCCAUAGCCAUCCAACCAUGAGCCAGGACUUCCCAGAACAAAGCCAAAACCCUCCACCACCCGACUUCUUUCAACAACUUCUGGAGGGUCAACAACAACUGCUCACGGGAAUAACCCAAAUGGACAACCGGCUCAACCGAUUAGAGGAGGAACAAAGAGCCGGUUUUCAAAUAUUGGAGGAUGAGCAAAGAGCCGGCUUUCAACGAUUGGAGGAGCUCAGGGAGGCCGAUAGACAUCGGUAUGAGGAAGACCAACAUAGGUUCUACGGACCUAUGUACUCUUUUAUGGCACAGCAGGGAUCCUUCCAUACCAUGGCGAACCCUCCUCCACCACCCUCAUGGUAUGACCCCACUCAUUGGGGUAACUUUGGAGGAUCUGGCUCCGGGGGUGGAGGAUACGACGGCGGAGAUGGCGGGGACACCUACAUGGGAGAUGGUGGCCAAGGGAGAGGCUUUGGAGGGAGCUACUACGGAGGAGAAGGCGGGCACUAGGGACAGUGCUUGAUUCAAGUGCGGGGGAGACACUCAUGAUGGCACUCAUUGUAUCCUUGUGAAGAAUAAGAAGAUUCAAGAUAAAGAAGAAGAGAGGAGGAGAAAAGAAGAUAACACUAGGAGGCCAUUAAACCCAAGAUGCUCUUUUGUAAUUUGAGUUUAAAACUCAUUUUUCCUUGUCAUCCUUGGUGGUCUUUGUGUUUGUAUUGUAUUUUUGUUGAACUGUGGAACUUUUGGACAAACAUUGACACUUGUAAACAUUUGAUCUUACUCGAGACGAGUAAAGGUUUAAGUGUGGGGGAGUUGAUACGUUCAUAAUUUCCAUAUUUAUGUUUAUAUUUUAAAUUAGUUUUGCUUGACUUUUACUUUGGAAAUUACACACUUUUGGUGUAAUAGAUUAGAUUGUUAAAUUCUUGUAAAUAGGUUAGAUUAGAUAUAUUCUGAGCUCAAGCAGGUUUUGGUCACUCAAAGUACAGUUGGUGAACCCAAAAAGUGAAAAGAAGGUGCAAAAGUUCAAAGACAAAAGAAGAUCCUGAAUUUUGGUCUAUACUCGGUCGAGUAUUAGCUAUACUCGAUCGGGUAUUAGGUUGGAACUUCAAAUCGGAUCAGAUCCGAAGACAAGGGAACAUGCAGGGAAGAUUUCGGCCACGAUUUUAUGUCUAUACCCGAUCGGGUAGACCGACAUACCUGAUCGGGUAUGCCUUUGAAUUUCAAACGAAGAUCGGUCAAGUAUGGCCCGAAUACCACUUUCUAAGCAUACUCGACUGGGUAUUCAUAUAUACUCGAUCGGGUAUACUCUUAGAAAAUAGCCUGGAACCGGUCGAGUAUGCCUCGGAUCGAGUGUUACACACGUACUCGAUCGAGUACUCGAAUCCCAUCCCAAAAACCUAUAAAUACACCUCCUUUCCUUCACAAAAAGAUAUCCAAUCCCUUUGUACAUCUAAGCUCAGUAUAGAAUAGCUCUUUCUUUAUAUUUUUCAUCAUGUUUAGUCUCCAAAUGAGGAGCUAAACUCUUCCAUCUUGGUUUUGCUACUUUGAAGCUUAAUGAAUUUGUAAGUUGUGAGUUAUUUUCUUUAAUCUUCUUCCUUGAAUAUUAAUUCUUUCUUUCAAAAUACUAUCUCUAUAUCAAAGUUGGGGAGUGUUACUAAGAUGACAAUUAGUUAACAUCUUGACAUUGGUUAUAGUAAUAGCUAUUUCUUCCUCUAUGAUAAUAUUGGGGAGUGUUACUAAGAUGACAAUUAGUUAACAUCUUGAUAUUAAUCAUAGUAGGAUUCAUUUUCUUUAAUAUGCUUCCUUGAGUAUUAAUUGAUUCCC